AUUCAUCACAUCCAAAACAGAUUUGUGUUUGUAUUGUGUAGGUGUAACGUUACUCAUCCAAAUCGAAAAAAAUUCGAUUUCUUCGUUUCAAUCACCACAAAACCGAAAUUCUCUACGUUCUUAUUGCAUAGUUUAAACGUUUGAUGUGCCAACAUCUCUAAAAAUAACUUAAAUAUUAAGACACGUCGUGAAAUGGGUUAUGUAGGUUAGGUCGACCGUCGCAAGGAUAAUUUUAGUAAACACCCGUUUUAAUAACACCCCAUUUCUGUAUCUUCCGGUUCGACUACAAGAAUUAAACCGUUGUUAAGAGUUAAAUUCCGAGGAGGAAAGAAAAAAUAUGGUCAUGGAUGGGUACUGUAGUCCAGACAGAUUGCCAGAGUUAUGGAACCAAAUCAAUUCAUUACAUUUGAGCUAUUUAGAAAUGGACGAGAGUCCCAAAAAGUUAGAACACAGACAACGUUUGGAAGAUUGCAUCAAAGAAUUUUUGUGUAUUGCCCCACAUAGACAAAAAUUUUGGUUUAAAGAAGCCGCAGAAGUUUUACAUCGAUCAGCGAAUAGUAAGAAAGAUUUUAGUGGGUAUAAAGCUGCUAUGGGAUGGAAUGCUAUUGCUAUGUAUGCUGGAAAUUUAAUUGCUCAACCUUGGAGGCAAGAAUAUAGAGAAAUCAAGACUUAUUCCGGCUUUUAUAAACAUCAAAUUGAAUCAAAUUUAGUUGGAGCUGAAAUAAUGUUUGAAGCGAUGGGGUAUAAACACGCAGGAAAUGGUAUAAUGGUGUUAGAAGGACCAAUAUGCCCUGAUAGAGUAACAAAUGUUUCACAAGAUUCAUUGGUAGCAUACGUAGAAUGCCAAAUUUUAAAAGAGAUUUGGGAGGAAGUUUGCGCCUCAUCUUAUAAAAUAACUUGGCUGGAAGUUUUAGAGUUUCGUGAAACUCAUCUUUGCAGCCCGCGUAAAUCAGUUGAUGCUUUAAAGUAUCAAAUUCAACAACGUCAAUACCAUGAUCAUCAUCAACAUCGCCCGUAUUCGCAAGAAGCCAAUGAGUAUUCACCAUCAAAUUGUAGAUAUAGUCAUGUUUCUCAUGUUGUUAGUCCAACGUUACCUUCAAAUCAUUCUUUUCCACCUUUAGCAGGCCAUACUCACAUUUUACCCGCAGUGUUACCAGCUCCUCCGCCAUCAUGUGUUUAUACAAAUGGCUAUAAUUAUGGGGUUUUACCUGGGCAUUAUACUUAUCCAGCCGGAACUUACAAUAAUUUUUAUUGUAACGGUUACUUACCACAACAACAGCAGCAACAAUAUGGUAAUGUUCCAACUGGACAACUUAUUGAAUUAGGAACAAAUCAAAUUGUUCAUCAAAGUGUUCCUCAAAAUUAUGAUAUUCCUGACGGUGCUGUCCAAAAAAGAGUUAAGGAAGAAAAAAUACCUUUGAGAAACAAAUCGGGUGAGGAAGGUACACAAUUUGAAAAUUGGGAUUAUGUUUAUCGUAAUUUAGAAAGUCAGGGUUAUUCUAAAGAUUUAGGUGAACGUGGUGAUGUUUUAAGUAGUCCUUAUAUUAGAAACGAAGUAAAAUACGAUUUGAAACAUUUGGAUCAAAAAAAAUCCGAUUUAAAAAUUUCUGAUCGGCCUUUAAAAAUAAACGAAGCAUUGGAAAAAUUGAAUUUGUACGAUAAGAGACAAGAAAAUCAAGAAAAUCCGAAAUUAUCCGAUACGGGAUUAAGUAGUUCUUACGAAAAUAUUUCCAGUCAUGAAUUAAAAUCGAAAACGCCUAGUAAAAAUUUAAUAAGUAAAAUAAAAAUGCACGUUAAUGAAAAAGAAAGGGACGAAUCGAAAAAAAAUGAAAUUGUAAUAAAGUGGGAAUGUAAAUUUUGUACUUUCUUAAAUGAAAAUUCAUUAAAUAUUUGCGAAAUGUGCGGGAAAAGUAAAGUUUUAAUGCGACACGAAAUGGAAAUUGGCGGAUCGGAAUGUUCUCAAUGCACUUUGGUUAAUCCUAAAGAAAAAAGUAUUUGCGAAGCUUGCGGAUUCAGUUUGCAGAAUUCCCCCACUUACAUUUAACAACACAAAUUGAUGAAAUAAUUCAUUAUGACUUGUUUUGUUUUUAAUUAAUUUUAACAAAAAAGUACUGCACAAUCUGUUUUUAUUUACGUUAUUCAAUUUAAAAUAACUAAAAAAAUUCUAUAAUACAUGUUGACGUAAAGAUUUGUUUUUUAAAAUAAUAGUUGAAACCCCAAGAUAUUUUAAGAGUAUUUAUUUAGUAUUGUAGGAACAAAUUUUAUUAAUACUGAGUGAUCAGAAAUGAUUAAAAUACUCUCAUCUAAAUUUACUUUUGUUGGUUGUUAUUUAAACCAAGUCAUAAGGCACCUAAGUAAUUAUUACAUACUAUAUCUGUAAGAACUCCAAAUAACUCUGAUGAUGAACUUGAUUCAGAGUAUUAUUUCGGUAAUAACAAAAGCUUAGAGAUCAAACGUUUUUAAGAUUUGUUGUAGUUUUCCAAUAGAUGAUGAAAUUGUAUCAAUUUGUUCCACAUAAUGACUAAGGCCACAAUUAAAGCAACUUAAUUCGUUCCUUUCGUGAACGAAAAUCAAUUGGGUAGCUGUUUUCGUCAAAUUUUAAUGAUGAUGUCAAUUACGUAUCAUUUAUGAUCGCUCAGUAACUUUGUAUUGAGUUUAAUUGUAAUUUAAAUUUACUUGAUUAUUUUAUAUGAAUUACUAAUAUUAUGAAACAUGUUAAAAGUUUUUAGAGAUCAUGUGAGUUUAAAUUACAAAAUAAAGUUCUCUAUUUGGAAUAUAAUGGGAGUUUUUAGAGAAUACUUAGAGCUUUUUGGUUGUAGGUUGAUAUAGUUAAAACAAUUAAAACGUUGCAAUUAAUUAUAUAAAAAAAUAAUAGUACAUAACAGUUCAGUAUUCCUACUAAACACCAAAGUUAAUUAAAAUACUUAAAAAAAACGUUUUGAUGUGUGUUGAUCAAAAAAAUGUUAUUUCCUAU